CCACCCACGUGACCCUUGCACGGGGGAAAAGGCGGGAAAUGCGCGGUCCUCGGCACGUAAACAUUCGCGUUGUUUUACAUUAAGCCCCAGAUUUGUCGUAGUGUUGUUAAAGUUAUCGACACAUAAGCCAAAAGAUGCGUGCUUAAUAAAUUAACUUUUACGUUGAGUUAUUUUUUUUGUUUACGUGAGGUAACGCCUUAUUAUACAAGUACUGUACAGCGAUGGUCAGCCAGGCUGACCAUCGCUGUACAGUACCCCCCCCCGCGGGAUGAGGGCCCAUCAAGCCCCCGCUAACUCACGAUUCUGCGAUGUAACAACAAUCUCUCACGAUUCUGCGAUGUAACAACAAUCCACCCAGCAGCAGCAGCUGCAUACACCAUGAGCUGAUCCUCAUCAUCGCUCCGUCUCCACGGGGCUCGCUCCCUCGGCCGCGUUCCUCGGCGUGAACAUGAGCAUCGGAGAUUCAGCCACCAGCGCUGCGGGGCCAUUCCUACUGCCGCACGGAAAUUUCGUGGUGUUGUUCACAACAGCCACAACAGCCACCGAACAGGGAGAGCGACUAUCCCUCACGGUUCAAGCAGCCAAGUUCGACCCAGGGACCCAUGUCUUCAAAUGGAGCUCAGCUGGGCCUCGCUGGGUGGCCCCAAGCCGGACUCAAACCCUAGAAGUGUUGUUCUGUGGCCGCUCGCCAGUUCGCGGGGCGGUGCGAUCGUGCGUGCUGCUGCAUGUGCAGCAGCUCCCAGUCGUCACCGACGACGAUGUUGACGAUGUUGAUGAGGUGGACAAUGCUGAAAGGAGAAUGGGGAUUAGGAGGAGGUGUCGGUCCUACGUGGUGCUGUCACUCGAGACCGGGAGAUGCAGCCCACACCCUGACCACUUUGAGACGAGGUUGGAGUUUGAUUCGCCGUCGGGGCCACGUGGUGCCGACGUGGCGUUGGUGAGCGGCUCUACGGUUGUGUGGUGGCGUGAUGGGCAAAUCUACGUGGCCACUGCCACCAGCAGCACCAGCAGUGCCACCAGCAGCAGCAACAAUGUGAUUGUGCAGACAUUUGAGCUGCUGUCAGCGAUGGAUGUGUUUUGGGUUGGCGAGUUUUAUGGGGAGCUCACAGCUCUGGGUCGUACGUCAAGCAGCAGCAGCAUCAUCAGCAGCAAUGACUGGGUCUUGUCAGCAGAGUGGAUCUCUGUGCCUCUGCAGAAGACCUCUUCACUGCCACUAUCACUACCACCAUCGGUACCGCCAUCUUUGCCUGUGCCCCACGAAUACGCAGGCGUCACUCGCUGCCUGUGGACGUCUGACCGCCAGGAAGGGUUGGCAGUGGUGGCCGCGAUGGGUGAUGAUGUUGAUGCUCGUGAUUGUGAUGAUUUGGUGGUGGUGGUGGUGGUGAUAGCCACCAGCGCGGGACAGCUGCUGGAGUUUGCCAGCGGUGGCAAAGCGCCGCGCAUGUGUGCCUUGCCGUUCGGCGAUGCGAGAGAGAUUUUUGAGAUGCAGAGCGGCUGGUGUGGAGAUGGAGUGCUGCUCGUGCAGUCGGAGGGCGGGAGCAUGUGCGCCGUUUGGCGGGAGACGUUUCAGGUGGCUGCUUGCUGGGAGGGCGUGAGGGCCGUGCUCGUGGGAGACUUUGCUUGCACAGGGUGCGACCAGGCCAUGCUGCUGCACGGCGAUUCCGCACCGAGAAAUCCACUCCAGGAAUUCACCAUCACCGACUUGGGCCCCGUCGCUUACACGAGUGUGGAGAGCGUGGAGGAUAUGAAGGAGGAGGCGAUGGAGGAGUCCUCGUUGGAGAAGUGUGAGCAAAUGGUGCAAGUCCUGGAGACAAGACUACAGGCCGGGCUGUCCGAGCUGCGGGAACUACAGCUGCUGUCGCAGGAGAAGCAGCGCGUUAUCGAACGGGCAGCCGGCGCCGUCGCCGCCAUUCCGGACGGCGCUCCCACGCCAAGCCUCGCCGCGGCGCCGUCAGGGUUGGUGUCGAUGUUUGACGAUGAAGUGGGGAACGAAGACCGUGUCCUUGAAGAUGUUUUCCAAGAGCCGGCUGUUACUCUGACCGUCCGAGUGAAACAAAUCUGGCAGCGCGUGAUUGAUGAUUCCUGGGUCAUCGGCAUUGACGUGGAGUGGACGAAUGAACGCCGCCCCCGUCACCUCCGGCUGCUCCUCCUCGAUGAAUCCUCCUCUCCGCGCUCUCCUCGCUGCAUCCUCUCCUCGCGUUGUCUCCCCCUGCAUCCUCCUGACGACGCCGCCGUCGUCACACCGUUACUCCAACCCCCGUCUUCCGGGGCCCCUGGUCUCCGCUCACCGCCAGCUAAAAGGAGACAGGUCCCCGACUCUCGGGGAAUCCGGGACGAAGCCACGUUUGACCGCGGUAGCGGCUUUGGCGGCUCUGUCGUGGCUGUGACUCCACUCCCCGUGUUCACGGGCGUCGGUGAGCGAGGAGGAGGAGAAGAAGUUGCCGGUCGCUUGUUGCUGCUGGCGCUCGAUGCCGAUGGAGGAGGAGGUGGCGACGACGACGAUGAUGGCCGGAACGGCGCGAUACGGGAGUCGGUCGGGGGAGACGCCACCAAGGCCUGGACGUGCGGCGCCGUGACCCUUGGUGCUCGCGACGUCUCCGACGGGAAGUUCGCCCCGCGGCUCUUUGAGCAAGAGGACUUGACGCAAGAUGAGGCCGCGCACGACGUUCAGGCCCUGUCGGCCGCCCGGCCGUGGGGCUCCCUGUUCCUGCACUCUCGCGACGUCGCUCUCGGCGGCGCCCUCUCCUCCCUCGUCUCCACGCUCGGCCGCGCCAUUCCUGCCACACCUACGUCUGUUUCCGCGGCGUCGGCAGCAGCAGCAGCUUCCGCAUCAUCGUCUCGGCCCACGCUCAUUCUGAUUUCUCAGCGGCGCCACGGGCCGCUCAGAGACACGGCUGUGCAGUGGACCCAGAAGGGACCCUUCGAUGCUCGUUUAGAGUUCAUUGCUCGCUCGUCCGCGUCUCUGUGCGCGUUGAUGGCUGCGGUGAGGUCUUCGCUGCCAUGCGGAGCCAACCUCUCGUCUCCAGAUCCGUCCCCGGAUCUCAGCCUCUUGCUCUCGCGCUGCCUCGACAUGGAAAUCACCGCCUCCCUGUCUCACGGACGUCUCGUUCUGGGCCCCUGCCUCCCGCCAGAACCACGAGGCGGGGCCGGCGGCGGCGAUGUCGCACGUGAUCUGGAGUCCGAGCGGGGGGCAUUCGCCCGGGAGACGGAGCGACGUCGGGGCGCCGCGGCCCGGGGCGCCGCGGAGGAAUCGGCCGAGCGGCUGAGACUCGGCAGGAAGAAGGUGGCGAUGGCGCACGCGGCAACGGACGCCGUCGCCACACGGCUCGCGGCCGCGAUCGUACGCGGCGCUGCACGCUGGCAGUGUUGAUACGGGUAGGAGGACACGAGGGAGUGGGACACGAGGGGGUGGGACACGAGGGGGUGAGACACAAGCGUGGGGCGCGAGGGAGCGGGGCGAGAGGGGAUUGUAUUCAAUGGGUGGUACACGAGGCAGAGCAAAUAUUUUACGCUUGCAAUGUUGAGAUGAGUUCCAAUCCAGGUUUCAGCUGCCUGUGAUUAAACUGGGUUCUCAUGUGCAGUGAGUUGAUCGUCAUAGCUGGUGAGUGCUCAAUAAACCCCAUGGUAUUAAAUGUGUUUCUUUAAGAACUUUGGCUGUAUUCCAGCUCUGGAAAAUAAACAUUUCAGUUUGACUGCCGUGCGAGAAACACCGUGGGUGGGGAAAUUCUGGCAUCCACCGCGUGGACCAAUGGUCACUUGAAGGAAUUUUGGAGGUAGUUCUGUGAUAUCCGGUUCCGUAGGCCGUUCUCUGCUCUGCAGGGGUUCUGAAUGACGUGGCGCCGAUAGCACAAAUCGCAAUGAAUUUGGUGGGGGAAGAGACAAAAAAAUCUGAGUGUAACUGGGUGAGGGGCGUUGCUCCUGUCCAUUCAUGGCCAUGAGUGUUUGAUGGAAAUUCCACAUUCCUAUGACAGGGGUAAUUAUAAUACAGUAGACUCUCGAUUAUCCGAAUGCGGUUUAUCUGAUUUGCGAAUUAACCGCGUACCUGAGAUUUUGACAAAAAUUUAUAACACAUGGAUGUACCCUUAGGCCCAAAUUAAUCAUCUAAAAAGAGUUAUACAUUGUUAUUAUUUGGAAAUCUUUAUUACAAGUCACGUGCUUCAACCGAACAAAUACGUUGCUCCUGCUAAUCCGAAAUCCACGUGAUCACCUCCACAGUAGUUGCAUAUCUUUACAACAGUUUGAUUUUGCUGAUUGGCUUGGCUCUGCUAUCAUCCACUCAGUGGGCCUAGUGUUCUGCGUGGGAGCAGGAAAGUGUUAUCACUGAACAUGCUCAUCGUUCGGUCGAUCGUUUGCAUUCGUUUUAAAUCGAAAGAGUAUUGUCUUAACUUUACCCACAUUCGUGGUUUUUCGCAUCGAGAUCCGCGGAAAAUGUUUCAAUUUUUGGAUUAUCAGCGAUUUUGAAUUAUGCGCGGGCCGUCCUGCCCGUCAUUAGCAUGGAUAAUCUAGAGUAUACUGUAUGUUAUAUAAGUGCCUCUGUAUAUUUGUGAUGUGAAAUAAAUAACCCCUCUGUGUGU